AUGAAAAGUAAAGACGUACAAAAUAUCGUACUUUCAAAGUACCAGAAUGGUGAUACUCCGACAGAAAUCUAUCGCGAUUUGAACGGCGGAGUCGGUCUAGCAACAAUCAAAAGAUGGUGCCAAAUGAUCAGGCGAUCCGGUGGUAUCAAACUAGCAAGUCCACCCGGUCGUCCACGCAUUGUGAGAACCAAGGAAAACAUCCGAAAAGUAAAGAACCGUUUACGCCGUAAAAAAAGAGUAUCAGCCCGAAAACUAUCGAUGGAGCUCGAUAUUUCUGAUAGGAGUGUUCGGCGAAUAUUAAGAAACGAUCUAGGGCUACGUCCCUAUAAGAAAAUAAUCGAACCGGCGCUUUCUGAUGAUCAGAAAGUUAAGCGAAAACAAUUUGCGAAUUGGGUUCGAACAAAUUUUCGAAAAAAAGAGACUUUGAAAAUUCUCUUUUCUGACGAGAAAUUUUUUGACAUCGAUGGUGUCUAUAAUUCUCAGAAUGAUCGAGUGUGGGCGGUAGAUCGUGCUGAUGCCGAUAAAAAAGGUGGCGUUAAGCAAAAACGGAAAUUCCCACAGAAAGUAAUGGUGUGGCUGGGCGUCUGCUCUGAGGGUAUCACACCCUUGGUGAUAAUAGAUAAAGGAACUGUCGAUCAUGCUUGCUAUAUCGAAAAAGUGCUUCCUAUAGCCUUAGAGUAUGGCAAUAAGGUCUUCGGUAAUGACUGGAUCUUUCAGCAGGACGGCGCAAAGCCACACCAACAUCAUUUAACGCAACAAUGGUGCCGCGAUAAUUUUCCAUCAUUUAUUGACAAGGAUCGUUGGCCUGCAAAUAGUCCGGAUUUAAAUCCUCUAGACUAUUCAAUCUGGGACGAAUUUGCCAACGCUAUCAAUUGGAACAAAGUCAAGUCAAAAACAACAUUGAUUCAGCAAUUAAAAUCAUCGGUGGAAAAGAUUCGCGAAUCAGUUGUCUUUGAAAGUUGUGCUAGUUGGACCAAUCGAUUGUAUCGCGUUUCUCAAAAUGAUGGGAACUAUUUAAGAUAA